AUGGGCGAGUUUCUGGAUGCCAGGGAUUCCGUCACUGGCAAGCACUUCCUGCCAGAUGUGCAGGAAGUGGUGACAUGGCUGAGGGAUGGCCUCGCGCAGAGGAUGGAGCCCCUCUUCAAAGACAGGGUGUACAUGUUGGCCACCAUGUGCGACCCUUGCCUCAAAGAUGGGCUUUGUGGGCAGAAUUCCAGGAUGGGGGGGCUGGAAAUCUUGGUGGGGCAAGUUCAGGCAGCAUGGGCAAAGAGGCUUGGGCAGACAGAGGCAGAGGAGCAGGACACCCUUUCCCACGACAGCACUCCCUGCACCAACUGCACUCCCAGCAGGAGCACAGGCCAGGACUUUUGGGCGAAGGCAUUGCAGGCAGUAGUUGGGCAGAGAGGCAACCAACCCACCCGCCAGGAUGCUGCUGCUGCUGCAACAACUGUGCAGUGUUUCCUGGCGGAGUGCAUGGAGGACUGCUCCAUCGAUUUCGUGGCCUACUGGUCAUCCCACAGCCAUUUUUGGCCCAAUCUGGCUCGGGUGGCCAGGGAUCAUCUCAGCUGCCCACCGACUAGUGUUCCAAGCAAGAGGGUGUUCUCCAUGACAAUGUGGCUGAAUGAAGGAUUACAAUGUGCUGCAAAGGCUGGAUUCAAUUACUCCAACCUGUGUGACAACAGCUUUCAUUGCAAAAGCCAGGAACAACAGCAGAAGACCCUACACGAUAUCUGUGCUAUAACAACUACAUUCUCGGAUAGCCGUUGUAAGAGCUCUUCCUUGUCAGCUGCACUCUUGGGGACAGUGUGGGUCUUUCUUACCAGUGGAGUUCUGCUGAGUUUCUUCUUUCUCAUAUUCACAAUUCACUUCAGAAAGAAUAGAAUUGUGAAGAUGUCCAGUCCCAACCUGAAUGUGGUGACACUGCUGGGGAGUGGAUUGACUUACUGUAGCAUUUUCCUGUUUGGAAUUGAAAAACAGAAUUCAUUGACCAGAUCAUCCAUGGAAAUGCUUGUUCAGGCAAGAAUCUGUUUGUUGUGUAUUGGAGUCACCCUGACUUUGGGCCCCAUCCUAGGAAAAAGCUGGCGGUUGCAUAAAGUGUUCAUUCAGCAGGUUCCAGAUAAGAGAGUGAUUAUCAAAGAUUUCCAGCUGCUCCUGACGGUGUCAAUAUUAGUUCUGGCUGACAUCCUCCUGCUCUUGGUAUGGAUCUUCUUGGACCCAGUCCAGUGUCUCCAGUACAUUAAUGCAGAAUUGAAGGUGACUGAGAAUGGCUUGACUUUCACAGUGAACCGAGGAUACUACUGUUCUUCUCUGUACUCGGAUCUUUGGCUUAUUCUCUUUGUGGGAUUUAAGGGCAUCCUGUUGAUGUAUGGGGCCUACCUUGCUGGUCUGACAUAUGAUCUCAGCUGUCCACCAGUCAAUCAGUCCCUGACCCUCAUCGUGGGGAUAGCCGUUAUUUUUCUCUCUACUGGAAUUAUGCUGGUUGUAAAUCGUUUUUUCCACUUGUGGCACAACCUGGUCUUUGGUUUUAUCUCAGGAGGAAUCUUUUUUUGUGCAUCUACAAUAAACUGUUUAAUCUUCAUUCCACAGGUCAGACAAUGGAAGGCUUUAAAAAAUCCUGACAUCAGUAACAUGGCCAAAUAUUUUACCAGCUCCGGCAAGAAUUUCCACUCCACGAUGUACAGUGAUGAAGAGAUCUACCAGUUGCUUGGAGAGAAAAAUGCCAUAAUGCAGCAGCUUGUAGAGAAAGAUACAGCCAUUGCAAGCCUUCAGGAGCAAGUGAACAAUGCUAAGGAGAAGCUGAUGAGACUUAUGGCUGAAGAAGAUGGCUGUAAUGCUGUGGACUCUCCAUCUCCGCCUGCUUCCCAAUUCCUUCUACCUCUGCUCCAGCAGGCUCACUCUACAGCCAACUGUUCUUCCAUAACAGAUGAAAACUCACCAAGUGAUUCCUUUUCACCUGGCCAGGAGUCACGGCAACAUCCUGGAUUUUCAAAAUCACAAUGCAGACUGGAUUUGUUUAGUAAAAAAGGCUACAUUGAUUAUCUAGACUGGACAAACCAACAAAACACACUGACAGAUUUUACUACUAGGUACAGACAAGUAAAUGGAUGCAAGCUAGAUGAUUAUUCAAGUGUUAAACACACACUUAGCAUGGGCACCCUACAGAAUCCAUUCAGACAGAGUCUCUCUAGACUCAGUAAGGAAGCAAAGAAAACAUAUUCUUCACCUAUGAGCCAAAAGCAGCUCCAAAGGAACUGUGAAAAUCUUCAAGCAUUCUUUCAAGAGCUGAGUAUGAACCACAGUACCACUGCCAAGACAUCUUCCAGGGGGCCUGAGAAAAGUGCAGAUUGUGAAAUGAGCAUGGUGUGGCAGCCACAGGAGAUGCAGGCAAACUUUAUGAAGUUUAGUCCCUAUAAGACAAGGCAGGAGAAGAAAAUUGCCACCCACCCAUCACGCUCCAUGGACCCCAAUAUGUGGUGUAAUGCGGACAAAACGUCCAGCAGAAUGCAAAAAAGCUGCAGUGGAGUCACAGAAUUUCCUUGGGCUGCAGCAAGCAACACUGAUUCUGAUAGCAACUCCUCUUGCGGGGUGACCAAUUGCCACCACAGACAGUGUUGCAAAGUUUGCCACUGCAGCUUGUCAUCCUCUAGUGAUAGCUGCAGUACUGAUACAGACCCUGAGCCUAGUAUGGCCCUAGGCCACUGUGUAAAACUCUGUGGCAGGCCUCAGCUGAUUGUGAACUUCAAUGAGGAUUUGGAGCCCACCUAUGUGUAA